AUGGAGGUCCUAGAACACUGGAAUGCUUGGGAAGUCACCGACCUCCUAGCCCAGUUCAAAGAAUGCUGCGACCUGGCCGUCCUGCUGGUCCUGAGCAAUGGGACCCCAGAGGACUCCUUUAACUUUUUCAAUGUUCAUAUCAUGACUGUUGUCCACGCGUUGCGAGUAUUAUGGCAUUACUUCCUCAUGGACUGCCAUGUCUCCAUCUUGAAACAGUAUGCGCUCUUUGGAAUCAUGACCUAUAUCUACCAGUUGCGGCCCCGCUUCUCCCUUAACUAG